AAAUUCUCCCGCCCCCUUCGUCCCCAAACCAGGAAAUCAGGGGCUAACUUGGGCUGCCGUGAAGGAGGCGGUAUCGCGGGCGGUGGAGAUGGGGACCGGCGGGCGGAACGGGCCACGGUUCGGGAAGGGAAGCGCAGAAAAAGCGGCAGCGAACAACGCCCUCUCGGCCUCAUGCCGCUACAGGUGCAUCGAGUGUAACCAGGAGGCCACGGAACUAUACAGGGACUAUAACCACGGGGUGCUGAAGAUAACCAUCUGCAAGUCUUGCCAGAAGCCUGUGGACAAGUACAUAGAGUAUGAUCCCGUUAUCAUCCUGAUCAAUGCCAUUUUAUGCAAAGCUCAGGCCUACAGGCAUAUUCUUUUCAAUACUAAGAUAAAUAUCCAUGGGAAGCUCUGCAUAUUUUGUUUGCUUUGUGAAGCAUAUCUGAGGUGGUUGCAGCUGCAAGAUUCAAGCCAGCACACUGACCCUGAUGACUUAAUAAGAUAUGCCAAAGAAUGGGAUUUCUAUAGAAUGUUUACAAUAGCUUCUUUAGAACAAAUGGCUUUCUUUAUUGGAAUUUUUACUGGUUUGUGGCUAAUCCAACCCACAACACUGAGAAGAAAGUCCAACUUCAUUUUGCUUCUGAAAGCACUACUAUUGUCCAGCUAUGGGAAACUCCUGCUGAUUCCAGCCGUCAUUUGGGAACAUGACUACACUCCUCUGUGCCUUAGACUCAUAAAAGUAUUUGUCCUAACAUCAAAUUCACAGGCCAUCAGAGUGACCCUAAACAUCAGUCGAAAGCUUUCAUUGUUGGCCAUCCUGAGUGGAUUAGUAUUAGAAAGCAGUGUGGUCUGCUUCUUCCAGAGGAUGGGAUGGGAUGUAGAAAGUGACUGUUCCAUCUAUAAAACUUAAGAUUUCUCUCGAAGAUAAAGAAGAAAAACCUCUAUGAUGAUGACUUUCAGGGAACUGUCUUAGAUGUGGACAUGAAUUCUUUUUUUAUGGAAAAAUUGACCAAAUAAAAGGACGUGCACUAGCAAAGUAAUUGGGUUCACAGUGCCACUUUUUCUGGAA